AUGUCAUUUCAAGAUCUCAUUCCUGUAGUUAAUAAACUACAGGAUAUAGUCACUACAGCCCAACUCGCUGAAAUUGAUUUGCCUUUACUCGCAGUUGUUGGCUCCCAAUCUUGUGGAAAAUCUUCGGUUUUGGAGAAUAUCGUUGGUAAGGAUUUUUUGCCUAGAGGUACUGGUAUUGUUACAAGACGACCCUUGGUAUUGCAGUUGAUCAAUGCUGAAGAGCACGAUUCAAAACCAUCUGAGCAUCAUCAUCAUCAUCCAAAUCUGGAUCUGGACGAGAUCAAUUUGGAGGACCAUUUACGUAAGAUAAAUGGUAAAAAACCUUCUUCUGCUUCUUCUGCUUCUUCUGCUUCUUCUGCCAAAAAGGAGUGGGGGGAGUUUCUUCAUAUUCCAAACAAGAGAUUCUACAACUUUCACGAUAUUCGAAGAGAAAUCGAGACUGAGACAUUGAGAGUUGCUGGAGAAAAUAAAGGCAUUAGUAGAUUACCUAUAAACUUAAAGAUAUACUCUCCCAACGUGCUCAACUUGACUUUAGUCGAUCUACCAGGAUUAACAAAAAUCCCCAUUGGCGAUCAACCAACGGAUAUUGAAAAACAAAUAAGAAACUUGAUUUUGGAAUAUAUCGCCAAACCAAACUGCAUUAUCUUAGCCGUUUCUCCAGCUAAUGUCGACUUGGUCAAUUCAGAAUCAUUGAAACUAGCAAGACAAGUAGACCCCACGGGGAAAAGAACAGUGGGUAUUUUGACCAAAUUGGACUUGAUGGAUCAAGGUACUAAUGCACUAGAUAUUCUCAAAGGAAACGUUUAUCCUUUGAAACUAGGAUUCAUUGGAAUAGUCAACCGUUCACAGCAAGAUAUUUCUGAAAACAAGUCCCUUGAUGAGUCGUUAUACUCAGAACACCAAUUCUUUUUAAACCACCCAGCAUAUAGAGCAAUGGCUACAAAGUGUGGUACCAAGUAUCUUGCUCAGACACUAAAUAAGAUACUCAUGAAUCAUAUAAGGGAUCGAUUGCCAGAUAUCAAGGCCAAAUUAAACACACUUAUGGGACAAACUGAGCAUGAAUUGGCUUCAUAUGGAGAUAUGCAAAGUAUGGGUGACUCAAAGGAAGCAAGAGGUGCAAUGGUGCUUACCUUGAUGACCAAAUUUGCUAAUGCAUUUAUCAACUCAAUUGAAGGCACCUCGGUUAACGAAAUAGCUACAAAGGAAUUAUGCGGUGGCGCUAGGAUCUACUACAUCUAUAAUGAAGUGUUUGGGUCCACUUUAGCCUCAAUUAACCCAACCCACAACUUAUCUAUUCUGGAUAUUAGAACAGCAAUUAGAAACUCCACUGGUCCAAGACCUUCUUUAUUUGUUCCUGAACUAGCAUUUGAUUUAUUGGUUAAGCCACAAAUCAAUCUAUUAGAAGAACCAUCGCAAAGAUGUGUUGAAAUGGUUUAUGAAGAAUUGAUGAAGAUUGUUCAUAGUGUAUCCUCUUCAACAAUUGGGCCCGAACUAAGCAGAUAUCCUCGUUUACAAGCAAAAUUGAUCGAAGUGGUUAGUGAUUUAUUAAGAGAAAGGCUUGGACCUACAAUAAAAUACGUUGAAUCACUUAUUGAGAUUCAUAAAGCUUAUAUCAAUACCAAUCACCCCAAUUUCGUUGGUGCCGCCAAAGCAAUGAGUAUAGUUGUUUCUGAACGUCAGAAACAAAAAGAAAUGGAGCUGAACAGCAAGAUGAAACUUGCUACUCAAAGAAUAUUGGGUAAAAAUAGAAACGGCAAAGGGGCUAUAGAAGAGAUUGAAAAUGAAGAAGGAGACGAAAACGAAGAAGGAGAUGAUGAUGAAGAAGAAGAUACAGAUGAGGGUGUAGCCAUUAUGAAAGAGGAUAUAGUUUCUGUUGACGAUGAGUUUCCAACCAAACACCAACGUCGACCAAAGAAAAAACGCCAACAUCGAGAAUCAACACAUUCGCAAUCGGAAUCAUAUUUAAAUUAUUUCCUUGGAAAAGAUCCAAUCGUCCAUCAACAACAACUACAAACACAAGCACAACUAAACCCGACUCCCUUCAAGUUCCCACACCCCCUGGAAACUACUCUACAAUUCAAUUCUCAAUUUGUCAAUCACAAUAACAGUAGUAAUAGUAAUGGGUUUAUUGCCAACAACAACAACAACAACAACAUGCUGUUUACUCCGUCUCCAGCACAUAGUCAUGAUACCAGUGGUUCUCGUCAAUUGCAUGAUUUAAAAAACUUAUCUCUUGAAGCAUAUCCAAUGGGAUCGGAUCGUUCAUUUGAUACAGAUGAAGCAAUUAAUGAACUUAGUGAACGCGAACAAAUGGAAUGUGAAUUAAUACGCAGAUUGAUUAUAUCAUAUUUUAGCAUCAUUAGAGAAAUGAUCCAGGAUCAAGUCCCCAAAUCUAUCAUGUGUUUAUUGGUAAACCAUGUUAAGCAACAUAUUCAAAAUAGAUUAGUAGUGAAACUUUAUAGUGAUGAAAUGUUUGAUGAAUUGUUGAAAGAAGACGAAGGCAUUCAAGCAGAAAGAGAAAAAUGUAUUGAAUUGUUAAAGAGUUAUAAAGAAGCGGCUAGGAUUAUCAGCGAUGUCAGAAAGGGCAGGGUAGCUGAGUAUUUUAUGGAUGGAGAUAUAAGCAAAGAGAUAUUUUCAAUUUACGGGUAUGAUGUGAGGAAGUUGAUUGAGGAGCAUGAAGAGUUGGAAGCGAGGUUGAAGAAGGAACAAGAUAAUAAUGAACUUGUUAUCAUUGAAAAAGAUGCAGAUCGAAGGGAUUACUUUUGUUUCAUGGGAAGCACAAACGGCGCACAAGGUUUAGCACCUGUACCUACUUAUAGCCAAGGAUUCAAAAAGGUCAAAAACGCGUCAUAUGCAGCUCGAGAAAAGGAGAAUCUUGUAAAGAGGCACGAUCGAAGUUGGCUUUUGAAAGAUGUAUUGUUGCUGAUUAAAACGCAUCCACGAAGAAUUGAGCCCAUGGUUGAGCAUAACUUUAAGCCAAAGAAGCCAAAAUUCACACCUUUCUACUUGAGGUUUGUUGAAUUUGGUCAAAGAGGGAAAGAUGGAUCAAUUAACGUCAUUAUGAGCGACCAAACUCAUAAAUUGUGUUGCGUAUUUUCACAACGGGCUAUUAUUGACCAUAUAAGAAAAGGCGGCUUACCGUUUAAUGAUGUUCAUUCAAUUUAUAAUUUUGCACUUGUUGAAAAAGCAAACUUGAAAUUCGUUAAAGAUGAAUACAUCAAAAAACACUUUAAUUUAGCAAAAGUGAGUUCGCGUUUGAGAUAUUGUGUUUUAGAGAUUUUACAAUUCAAGUUUGUUUGUAGUGUUAAGGCUGCGUUGUUGAAAAAAGUGCCUAACCCGAAGAAGGCUAAUUGGGAAGAACGGGUAAACUGUAAUGAUACAAACUUUAACCUAGAGACCAUGAUUGAUUCAGGGGAAGAAUUCAAUUCGAGUGACGAGCUCGAAUUUGACGCCGAUUGUUUAUUUGAAAAGGGUAAGUUGAAAUGGAUAUAUACCAAUGAUUUUUAUAUACGACUUUGCAAAUCCACAAUCGGUAUUGGUAAAAGUAUCAAUGAAAUGACGGACUUUGUUAAGCCACCAACUUCAAAGACUCCACUACUACUCACUGAUGGUACUGUUGAUACCGUCUCCGAAAUCGAAUCCUCACGUGUUCAAGAAGAUGAGGAGAGGUCACUUUAUACCCAAAAUUUGUUUACUGCACCGGAACAUAUUAAUACCGGUUUGCAGCCAAUUAGAUCAAAUGCUACUGCUGCUACCGCUGCAAGUGCUGCAACCAUAAUAACUGCCAUUGCUGCUGGUGGUAGGUUUUGUUUGCUACCAUGUUGGAACUACGGGUCCAAUUCGAACCAAGGACGUCGUGAAAGAACGGAUGCAGUUGAAAGAGGCAGGAGAAGGGGAGAAGAAAGAGAAGAAGAAGAAGAAGAAGAAGGUGAUGGAGGAGGUGGAGGUGGUGGUGGUAGAAGUGGUGGUAGAGACUAUGAACGAGGAGAAGACAUUGACGAUGAUUCUGUUUACAGGAUUCCCGGAACGCCACGUUCACUGUCACCUACUUAUCGCGGUCCACAAAACGUUCGCCGCGGUCGGAUUAACGAGUACAUUUUACAGCUUUUAGAACGUUGGAUCAUUGGUAUAGUGAGAAGACAUUAUAAUACAAGGGCUGCAUAUAUUUUCUCAACAAUACUAACCAUUGGCCUAAUUUCAACAAUAUUGAUCUUAUACUUUACAGGCCAUCUAGACAUCAUAGUGAACCUCUCACGAGAUUUACUAUGUGAAUUGAUUCACCAAUUUAAUUCAACAUCUCCUAAAUUUUGCAAAUUUGGCUAA